ACUGAGUUAGCGGCGUAUCGGUUUAGUACGCCCUUCCAUAUAUUUCAAAUGGCGUGUUCACAGUUUGCUAGUUUUGCGCUCACUGUACGCAGUUUGCAGCGUUACGCGCGCCGACUAUCUUAGUGAGCGGCCGACUCCCACCAAAACCGGUUCCAGUCGGCGGCGGCGAUUGGUUGUUCGCCGGGCGUAGUGACUCAGUUUGCCGCAAACUGAUUAUUCGGAUAGUUGGAAAAAAGCUAUCAUCGUGUUAGGACGUGUUUUUUUGCAUCGCACCUAACUAAUCUCAACGCACACACACAUCACUGAAAAUCCAAGAUGUCCUUUGAUACGGAAAGGUUCAUUAGUGAAAUACAGAAUAGACCAUGCAUAUGGAACAUGUCGAGUGAAGAAUACAGCAACAGAGUAUUAAAGCAGAGCAAUUGGAAUGAAGUCGCUGAAAUUAUAUACGAUGAUUGGCAAAACUUAGAAGAAAACACUAAACAAAAAAGAAUAAAAGACCUACAAAAAAAAUGGAAGGGUUUGCGCGACUAUCACACCAGAGAAAAAAAUAAGGAUUCCUCAGUCAAAAGCGGAAGUGGCGCAACAAAAAAACGCAAGACACCAUACUUGGACAUGUUACAGUUUUUAAAUGUUUCUAGAGCUAGCAACCAGACAUCUGGCAAUAUUAGCGCCGAGACGUCUAGCGACAGUAGCGCUAUUUUAGAUGAAAAUGAUCACUGUGUUUCAAGAAGACCAAAAAAGAUGACUGUGUUUCAAGAAGCCCUAAUUAACUCGAUGGAAAAAAAAGAGAAAACGAUCCAGAUAUGAACUUUCUACUAAAUAUUUUACCGGAAAUGAAGACAAUGUCCCCAACACAGAAUUUUGAAUUUCGGUUCGAAGUGAUGAAAAUUAUUAAAAAUAUAAAAUAUAGUGUACAUAAUAAUUAUGACGGUGGUAUGAUGCUAACUGGAUGGACGAAUGCCUACCAGUACCCACAUCAGUAUGGCUAUGCGAGUGGAAGCAGCAGUACACCAAAUGUGCAAAACUACCCUCGAAACAGUCCAUCACAUAGCUCUACAGGUUCUUCAGCGGAAAUAGAAGACAUAGAAGCAAUAUUGCGAGGCGAUUCAAACCACACUGAAGAUGAGGAAUGACAGGUUACCAACUUAAUGUUACCAUAUAUGUUCUUAAUUCAAUUUAAAUAAUACAGUAACUUUGAAAAGUGAUUGUUAAAUUAAAAACUAUAAAUGCGAAAGUGACUUUGUAUUACAAUAAAAAUAACAUAUUUUUUUAAAAUCCUAAAGCGUUAAUUAUUUACUUACC